UCUUUAAUUCUACACAGUUGAUAUUUUGUUUCUCUCUUUGAGAACGGAUAUUGAAUGGAACCCUAACAGAAAAAUAGGAGUGAGGUUUGAAACAGGAGCUUGUAUCUGUCUCAAAAUCUGAGUUACUCAGUAAGAAGCUCAGGUAACAUCAUUGUCCUUCAAUCCUUUGCCUUUUCAAUUUUUAGGAUUUUUCUUCAAUUUGAAAAGCUUAGGUGUUUUUCACCUCAUCACCAUGUUGAAUAAACUUCUGUACUUGAAAUGUGUCACUUCCACAGCAACAUCACCUUACCCUUUUAUCCACCACUACCCAUUCCUCUUUUCUCUCUGUUUCUGCACUGCCACUUCAAAUUCACGCUCAUUUGCGGUAUCCUACCUCAUUGACAACUUUGGAUUCUCUCCUGAAUCUGCUUCCAAAACAUCUAAGUCCUACAAUAUUUGUUUCCAGACCUCAGAAAAGCCCGAGACGGUGAUCAGGUUCUUCAGAAAUAACGGUUUCUCUAAUAUCCAAAUAAACUAUAUGGUUAGAAGGUUACCAUGGUUGCUUUCCUGUGACCCAUGCAAAAGGGUAAUGCCAAAGCUUGAAUUUUUUCUCUCAAAGGGUGUUUCUAGCUAUGAAAUUGUUGACCUAGUGAAUAAGUACCCUACAGUACUGGGUUCAAGCCUGAAGAAUCAGAUAGUUCCAAACUAUGAAUUGAUAUAUAAGUUCUUGCAAUCUGAUGUGAAGACUAUUGGUUGUAUGCUUAAUAAUUCAUUUUUCUGUCGGGGCGAUCUACUAGCACACAACAUCAGAUUGUUGCUGGAGAAUGGAGUGAGAGAAUCGAACAUUGCAAGAUUGCUUGGGAACCGUAGUAAGGGGGUCUUUGGCUCAAAUGAUAUCAUUAAGUUGGUGAAGGAAUUAAAUGAUUUGGGAUUUGAUCCUUCAAAAGCAACUUUUGCUAUAGCGUUGAAGGCCAAGAAAGAAACGAGUCCUUCCCUGUGGAAGCAGAAAGUUGAUACCUUCAAGAAAUGGGGUUGGUCUGAUGAAGCUGUGUCUGAAGCAUUUAGGAGGCACCCUCACGUUAUGUUGACAUCUAUUAAAAAAAUAAAUGCUGUGAUGAACCUUUGGGUCAAUCAGUUGGGAAGGGAUGCUUUGGAACUUGUCCAUUGUCCAAAGAUUUUCGGUUUGAGUAUAGAAAAGACAAUCAUGCCAAGGGCCCGUGUUCUCCAGCAUUUACUUGCUAAAGGCUUGAGGAAAAGAGCCAACUUUGUUUAUCCGAUUAAUGUUUCUGAAAAGAUAUUUCUUGCAAGGUUUGUGACAUGUUUUAAGGAGGAAUCAUGUCAACUAUUAAAGCUGUAUCAGGAAAAAGUUAGUGUUCAAGGAAAAGAGGAGGUUGGUGCAGCAUGGGGCAGUUCUCAAAUUGUUAACUCAUGAGGACAAAUUUGUUUGGUUCAAGCUUGCUGUCUAAGUUAAACUACUUGGUGCGUUAUAAAUGAUUGGAGCAUGAAAAGCUUAGCACAAAUUCUUAAAAGUAAUUACCUUCAAUUUUUUUUGUAUAACCUAGCAUAAAUAUCAUGUUUUGAUGUUGCGUUUUUUAUAGAGAUGUAUUUGCAUCCGUGUACUUUUGAGUUUGGACUGGCAUGGAUCUUAUAGGAUAGGGAAGAUAUCAUUACAAUUAACAAAAUUCCUUUAACUUUUGCGUAACAUAAAAUUUUGUUCCUUUUUAGUUGAAAAAUAAUGUCAAAUUAUUGCUCUGAUGUUUAGAUGGGUAAUGCAUCAAAUGACAACAUCCGGAUACACCAUUGUAGUUUGUAUGGUCACUUGUGAUGGUUAAGUGUGUCUGAGUGAGAUCAUACUAACUACGAUCAGUAGCUUACUUCCUGCUUUAGUUAUGAAUUUCAAUCAUCAGGUUUGAUCUGGAGAAAACUUACCUUCUGGAAAUGGUGCUUUCAAAGCUUUUGACCCUUGGGGGACAGGCUUCAAUAUCAUUCAAUUUAUGUGAAAAAAAGUCAUGUCCUUAUUUGCUCCAUAGUUGUCAAUUGGUCAUGUCAAUCUGAUAGGGCACAUGUCAGACAAGUUCUUUGCUUGGAGAAAGAUGAAGAAAAUAUAAGCAUGUUAAAUGACAGAAUCAUCUAGCUGCAAGAACUUGUUACUGUUUUACUUUGUCAUUGAAUUUUUUUUCUUUUUCUUCAUGGACUGUAUUACCAUAGUAUGAGCUUUUAUCUGUAGGUAUAAACAGUUUGUCUUCAUGUUGAACAAGUAUUACUAAUUCGAGUUUAAUUGUUACUUAA